AAAUGAGGCGGCUACGUCAGAUCCUGAAGUUGAGCGCCAUUUUUUCCUCAAUAGGGGAAGAAAGGGACAAAAGCUGGACCAAAAAUAACUUAUUUCGAGGGGUGCGUUCGCAAAAUAUCACCUUUCAUAUCUGACUACGGUCUUCGUGCGCCGGUGUGUGCGGACGGAGGAUGCGGCUUGGGUGAGUGUGUGCCCAGCGCCGGCAGCAGACGCAGCUCAGCGAGACACACACAGUCGCGGGCCGGUGGAAGUGGAGACGUUAGCUCUGCUGGAGGAGGCACAGCGACGACUAACGUUAAUCUACGCUGAAAAUUGGACGAGGCUGGUGAGGAAUCAUGUAUCAAGCCCCAGUUUCAAAUAUUGAGAAGAUCAGAAAGGCACGGAAAGCGGUGAAGAACAUCUUAGGCGAGAUCGGCCUGGAAGACUGUCAGAACCUGCUGAAGACUCUCAAUGAAAGCUCUGAGAAAAGCUCUGAAGAAGAAGAGGCCUUUCAGGAAACUGAGUGGGUUGAUUUCACAGAAGGAUACAAUGGCAGACUGCAUAAGAAGUGGCCUUAUCGGUCUCGAUCUCUGUGCUGUAACCUGUGCAAGUACUCUUCACAAAACAUCUACAACUUCCGGAGCCACGUGUCUCGCUGCCACUCAUACGUCCAGUCGUUCUGUGCGCUGGCGCCCUGCUCCCAGUGCCUCUUCAUUGGCCACCCAAAGGUUGUCAAGAAGCACAUGUUGUUCUUCCACGCCAAACUCCCCGUGCCACACACUAACAUGCAGCUGUCGAGGGAAGGGUCUUUGACAACCCACCGUGGAAACGAGAGGUAUCAGUGUCGAAGAUGUGGAUUUCCGUCGUCUUCUAUCUUUGCAAUAAAGAAGCACAUCAUCCUCAAGCACCUGGACAGUGUGGCAGAGCAGUACAUUGGUUACAGAUUACAGCUGCAGCUGAGUUCGUCUGUAAAGGUCUACUGCUGUAAAGUGUGUAAGGUGAACACUGGAAACCUGGACCAAAUGUUGCAUCACAUGCUGGUUGAGCCGACGCACUAUUCGGUCAGCACACAAGUGCAGAGUUUGAUUUAUGAGAACAAGAACUACACCAUUAAACCGACACCUAAUGGGAAUGGCUUGUUUGUGACAUUUCCAAGUAUCGCUCCAAAACCACAGCAACCUCAAAUGUUCAACAGUAAGCCCUUGGUGUUACCGAGUAACGGCCAACCCGCUGGGACUGUGCUGACGUUACAGCAGCUACAAGGAACUCCAAACAGUACUACUCUGAUCUGUGCCCCUGGAAGUAACCAGGCUUUUCUGCCUCCUCAAGCAUCGGCGCUAGUGCAGCUAGCUAGCGCUGAAGCUAAAGGUUUGCUCCAGCCCGGUGCCACGAUAGCCCUCCGAAGUGCUUUGCCCCAAGGUCCGCCUAUAGUCCAGCUUCCCACAGUGUCCAACGUGUCACUGAAACAGGCACCAGUGACUUUAGCUCCUGCUGCUCCUCCACCACAACCGACUCCACAACCACAGCAAAUCCUUCUUCCAUCGGGACUGCAGGCCAACAUGGCAGUUGGAACUGGGACUGUACCGAAGCCUGCUGUGGCUGCAAAAAAUGCCUCAACAAACCAAACGGCCCUGCAAGGUACAAUGCUGACUUCACAGUCUCUGCUGAGUCACCUGAUCCCGACCGGCAACAAAGUGAACGGCAUGCCCACGUACACUUUUGCUCCGCUACAAGUAGCGAUGCCUGGUUCUCAGAGCACAAGUACCCCUCAUAAGACUGCUGAGCAACAAAGCAACACCUUGCCACAAACUAAGAAAUGGGUUACAUGUCCCCUCUGUAAUGAACUUUUCCCUUCCAGUGUCUUUGACAUGCAUACAGAGGUCGCACACCAGACUAAAUCCGCUACAUCAAAGUCAGAAAGUGUGGCGGCACGAGCAUCAUUCCUGAAGAAAAUGCCUGACAAAACUGUCAAAUGUUUAACAUGCAAAAUUUUACUCUCAGAAAAGAGUGUCUUCCAGCACCUGCUGCACGGCCUGAGUUGCUUGUACUGCGCAGCUUUGUUCUUUUCAAUCAAACAGCUUGCAGAGCAUGUAAAGCAGCACAAUCCCACAAGCAAAGCCUACUGUGAUUUCCUGAGGCAGAGAUACAGGGUUUAUUCUAAAGGUGCUGGAGGGAUCCUGUUCCCUUACUUUGAUGUCCACACCACUGCACCCAAAGAGGUCCUAGGAGACACAGAGGUCAAUCUGGCCCUGGUCACAAACUCCCUCGACCUGAUCUUCUUUAAGUUGCAGCCCAGCAGCCAGCCAGAAAUCUGUCCAGCUCCUGUAAAGAUCAACAGCGCGUACUGUCCCUUCUGUGACGAAAAGUUUCAGCACGAAUCUGAACACCUGCAGCACCUGAAGCAGAAGCACUACGUAGCGCCCACCAUCCAUGCCAUCCUCAAGACAGAGGCUUUCAAGUGCAUAUACUGCAACGGUGUUUACACAGGAAAGGUCACCCAGCAGGCUGUGAUGCUCCACAUUCAGCGAUGCCGGUGUUCACCAAAACCCCCACCGCCCCCCAAACCGCCUGCAGUCGUACCGCAACAUCCGCCACGAGUAGCUCAGCCGCUCAGUCAGGCAACCGGACUCUAUUUUCUGCAAAUGCCACAGGGGCUGACCAUGAAACAGACUUUAGCUCCAGCUCGGGUGAUUUCUGCUGCGCGCCCUCCACAGCCUCUAGAAUCGGAAGCAGAGAUGCAGUCUAAGAAGAGGCUGGAGGCCGCAUGGAGGGAGGUCAUGGAGGCCAACAAACGAGAGCGAGAACAAAGGGCCGCCAUGCGCAGGAAGCGGGAGCAGGAAAAGUUGCUGCCUCCACCGGAGCCGGAGGUCCAGAGCGACCCCUCGGUGAAGCUGGUGCUGGAGCCGACAGCGGUGGAGCGGCGCUGCAGCGAGGAGCGCAGAGACUUCAUAUCGAAAUACUUCAACGUGAACCCCUACGCCACCAAAGCCGAGACCGAGGAACUGUGCAGGAGGCUGUCGCUCACCAAAGCAGAGCUGGCAGCGCUGUUCAGCAAGAAGCGCAGCAAAUGCAUGAGGAGUCUCAAGAGGAACACGACUGCAGUUCUGCUCGGCUUCAACAUGACUGAACUGAAGAAAGUUAAGCACAACCUUAUCAUCCCCGAGCCGCAGCCCCCAGAUACCGCCGAGCUGCCGGACGACGACGAAUCGGAGCAGAUGGAAAACAGUGAGGACGGACCUGAGCCGAUGGAUGAGAGUGGAAACGAAAGGGCUGCAGAGGAGGAACAGGUGGAGCCGAUGGAGUGAGAUCAGAAAUGUGUGAAAAUGGUACCUAAAAACAGCAAAUAAUACAAAAUGUAUGAUUACAAAACAAACUAAAAAAAACAAUGAUGGCCUUUUCUGUCGACAGACAUUAGAGAAGUUUGACAGCUUAAACUAUGAUGUAUUUCCUUAAAGUUCACCUGUAACUGAGGCAGUUUGUUAAUGUAGCCUUCAUUCUUAGUGCUUCAUCUGACUUCAGUAGGUUGCAGUGGUCUACAUCCUAAUUUCCACAUUAAUGCUAAGCCUUGUUGUUGAUGCACCUUUGGAACAUAAUGAAUAUGAUCAAAUAUUUUACUCUAUACAGUCUCUCAUCCAACAAUGGCUACAGACUUCCAACUUAAAUACUGAUGUGCCCCUAGUAGCUGCUUUUUCCACCCUUUUUUUAAGCCUGUUUGUACAACGUUGUAUUUUAUUUUGUUGUGAAAACAAUGUUAUGAAGUUCAUUUUAUUAUGUCAAAGCUUUCUUCACAGAUUUGAACUUGUCUGUCAUGUGCACAGCUCCUUGCUUUAAUUUCUGUCGUGUUUUGUUUCAUCUUUGGAAUCAUUCACUCCUCUUUCCCCUCCACAUUUUUACAUUUUUGAGGGGAUUUUUUUUGUCUUUGUUUCUCUUUCACCAACUCCCGCAGCCCUUUGAGAUAUUGAGAGGAAUGUUCACCGUGCAGUUUUCAAGCCAAAUCCUAAAGAAUGUAAAAAUGUUUUGAGUUGUCCGAUCGAUAAAUCCCCACAGUUAAAGAACCCCUUGUUGACCACGUUGCUUGCAUGAGCUUUUGUUUCGUUGUCAGAUCGAAUUAUAAUUUGUGCCAUUGUGGAGUCAACAUAUUUGCAUAGACUUGUGGAAAUUUAUGUAGAGACUCAGCGAAAACAUAAAACAUGAUACUGGGUGUUCCCCACUUAGGGUCUGUUCUCCUGACAGCUGUUUUUUGUACUAUACUUGUAUUUUCUAUAAUUCCUAGAGUAUGAGAAAUGUUGGGAGAGGUCACAAAUAAAUAUCAUUCUGCCCAAGGCCACUGUGUUGUAUAAAAUAAAGUGGUAUCCUUUUACAUAAACGGUUAAUUUUUAUUUUCAUUUUGUAAUAAAAAUUUCAUUUUCAAGUAAGCUAUGUUGAAGCAUCCCAAGGUAUUUUUCUUUCAUUUGCAACUGGAAACUUGAGGCCACUCUUUUCCUCAAUCCACCAAACAGAACAUACUGAAUAAAGUCAUAAUCAAGGCAGUGAAUUAUGUGCAAUAAAAGGCUGACAAGUGGAAAGUC